AUGUUAAACCGACUGUUUAUAUUUGCAGUGCGCGUGGGCUGCUUCCACGUGAGCAAAGCUGGAUUGGCCUUAUGGACGGCACAAUUGCUGCUCCAGAUUUGGUCGCUCGUCCGAAUGUCUUUCUAUUUGAUCAAAACCAUAAACCAGAGGAUAAAGAUCGAGUGUUCUAAGGAUUUUUACUGUUCCGUUUUCGGAUCGUUGUUGGCAAACAUGGUAAUCAAUCCAAUCGUCGUGUCCCUAGUGUUAGCCCGGUUACCGCAAUCCAUCGACGUGCUUAACAUGACCGCCAGACUGUUGUUGAGGAACCGGUACCCACGUCACUGGCUGACGCCAAAUAUGUUCUUCAUCGUUCUAUUAAUGUUCGUCUUCAUCGUCAAGAUUAUCAUGACCAUCAAGUCCACUCCCCAGAAGUAUCCGGAACUCUUCUAUCCCUUUGUUUUAACCAAAUUUGUCCCGUUGUCCAUAAUCCUUCUCAAGAGUGUCUUGUGCGUCGUCGCCCAAAACUCGUACGAAGAUAUUAAUAGGUCAGAUUGAAUUAUAUUAUUCAAUAGUGUACAAUUAUUUCACGAUGUAUGCUUUUAUUGUACACAUUAUUUAUAAGUACAUCCUUGUGUGGAAUAUCCGAUUCAUUCCGAAGUCGGAUUUUUAAACUUUCAUUUCUAUAGGGGUGAUAGAAAUAACUAAUAUAAGUAUAUCUAUAUAAAAUAUUGUAUUAGGUGCAAAUAAAUAUUAGCUAAAGAUCAAUUAAAUCAAUAUAAUUAAUAUAUUUAAUAAAAAAAAUGGUCUUUUCUUGACCAGGUCUAUACCCUGUUUUCAGUGAUACUGUGACCAUGUACAUAACAAAGCCGGAUUCCUGAGAUUCAAUCCAUAAAGGGAUUUGGUUCUUAUUGGAACAAUGAUUGAAUUUUUUUUUUGAUUUUUGGGUUACCUUGGCGACAUAGAUGAAAUCAAAACAUAGAUAUUAUUUGUCAAUAUUUUUGUUACUGCCUAAUUUAUUGUAAUUAACUAUUGUUGAGGAUGGGGAUUGGGGUGGUAUCAGAAUUAAAUUAAAUUGUAAAUACGUUAAAUAAAAUGUCUACUAUCGAUUUCGGUUUAUUAAAAAUUCUGUUUUUAAUGGGUAAAACAAAAUUUGAAAAUAAUUUGGCACCAACAGCGAUGGGUGGGACAGAUAGUAUUUAAUCAUAGUAUACCUAUAAUCGACAAAAAAAAAUAUACAUAUAAGAUCAAUAAUUAUUUCUUUAUAUAAACUGUCAAUAAAGCAAUCAUAUGGCAGGCAUAAUCAAAAAAUAUCAAUAGCCAUAUAAAUGUUUGAAUGAACGGAUGAAUUUUAUGAAUAGGUAAUUUUUAAUAUUAACCAAAUUUUUUUUCUGUUGUAGGGAAUUGGAAGAAAUUUAUCACGUGCAGUCGAACUACAAUCGAGCAACACGACUGAUAGAAUUAAUGAACGAUCAUUGGUUUUUGGAGGAUUACAUUGAAUCAAUGACAGAUACUUUUGGACCAGAAAUUUUACUUAUAACGACGAACAUUUACAUACAGUUCUUGCUUUAUUCAUACAUGAUAAUAUGGCAGGUUGUUGUUCGAUGCGAAAUAAUGUUGAAUACUAUGCUUUAUAUUUCACUUCUUUUUGAACUGAUAGUCAUUAUAGGACAAUUCAUCUAUAUGUGUUACAUAUGUGACGCUUCUCUCAACGAGGUAAUUAAAAAAAUACCUAACAACAAAAAAUGAUAAAGAAAAGUAAAUUCUGUAUGGGUACAAAAUUAAAUACAAAUACAAGGUCUUCAACAAGGAUAUACCCAUUGAAAUAUCCUCGGAGAUCAUAAAGAUAAUAAAAAAGAUAAUAAAAGUCUCUUUUUUUUUUAUAAAUAUUACUCAAAUAUUAUAUUAAUUACUAUUCCGAUUAUCUAUAAUAAUGUAGCAGUUUGUAAUCGCAUUUGCCGAUUGACUAUUAUUAUUAUUAUUAUGGGUAAUUAAUUGUACACUUUGUUUUUUAACCUUUAAACAUUUUAAAAAAUAAAGAUAUUUUAAAAAAUUUGUUUACCAAAAUAUGUUAAUUUAAAUAUAAAUAUUUGUAUUCUAUAUCCUUGUUGUAAAUAUUCUUUUAAUAAAAAUAAAAAAAUAAUAUUUUUUAUCUCUAUUAUCUUAGGAGAUAUUGCAAAAGGUGUAAUCUUCGUGGGGCACCCUGUAUAAACUAUAUACUAAAAUAAAUCUACCCAAAGUACGAAUUUAUUUAAUUUGAUAAAUACUGGUAUAAACCUUAUUAGAAUUAAUAAAUUAUGUACCCGUAGAAUUUUAAUAACCAGGUAAUUAAUAAAUAUAUUAUAUGAUUUUAUGAUAUUUUAUUUAAUUAAGAUUUAAAAAUAAUUAUUAAGUAUAAAAAUCACUUUCAUUGAUCAAAAAUAUCAUUAUUAAAUUUCUCAGUAUUAAAGACUCAAUAUAUCUUACUUUAGAUUCUGAGUAGAGCGAAGAAGCCUAUGGUUUUACAAAAAUGUUUACUUUAUUAUUAUUUUUUUUUUGGGGGGGACAAACUUUUUACCAGAUAUCUUGCUCCAAUUUUUAUGUGUAGCACUUUUUCUGAAAGGAAAUCUGUGUAGAGAGGUACAUUUAAGAGGUCAUUUUUCAAUUUUCUCAAGAAUCUUUUCAACAAAUAUAAAAACCAAAAAAAAGGAAGGAAAAACGGGAACCAUUUUAAUUUUGAAACUGGAAUAAUUGGUAUUUUACCAUAAUAUUGUUGAUAAAUCAGAAUUUUCAACUGAACUUGGAUCAGAAUUGUUUUUUUCGUUAACAAUGGUUUAUUGUUAUUUAUAAGUGUACAUUAAAUUAUUGAUCACAGUGGCUGCAUACAAUUCCAUUAUAAGAGGGCGACUUUUUCUAUUUUGUUUGUAUAGAUUUAUAAUACAAAUGUUUUUAAAAUAAUAAUAAAACUGAUUUUAGGGCAAACGGAUAAUAUUUCAUUUGAACCAUUUGAGCUCCAAUGUGUCAAACGAUACGAAUUCUCAGAUGAUCGUGAGUAAUUGCUAUUAUAAUCAUUAAAUAAUUAUUUGUAGGCUAUUUUAUUUAUAUGUUUACAUAACGAGUAGUUUGGAGGAGAUAGAAAAUUACCCUACGUUAGCUGUAAGAUGUCAAUGAGUAUUUUUAAACCACAAAUUAAACCGUUAGAAUCAUGAAUUUUAAAACCAUUUUAAUUUUGUUUGUUUUCCUUUUAGUUGAGAUUAUUUACACUACGUGUAAAUAGUCGAAAAGUGAAAGUCACUGCUUUGGGAUUCUUCGAUAUAAAUUUAUCCUUUCUGUUUGCGGUAAGAUAAUGCACUUUCGUUUUUAAGUACUUACCAUUAUAAAUAGUAUAACUGACCCAUUAUUUUAUUAAUAAUAUGUAUUUUUUUUUUUUUUUACAGUCAAUUGGCGGCAUACUGACAUAUUUUUUGGUUUUUGUCCAAUUUCAAAUGGAGGGUUACAAAAGAGUAUUAGAAACGAAUCCUCCAAACACAUCUGUAUCGGAAUACUGUUAUUCGUGGCCCUGUUUGGAAGCCGUUUAUAUAGUAAAAAAUUCUACCAUUUCAAACUUGACUCGAGUAUAA